AUAGGGGACAAGCAUUGUGGCCGACUGGGUGUGCUGCGUUGGAGUUUCAACUUUGGACCCAACAAAAGCAGCUGAGUGAUUCAAUAGAAAGUCUUCAUCAGCAGAGCUUCUCAACAGGAAAAAAAAAAAAAAGGAUAUUUUGACAGGAUUUUUUUUAGUUUCCUUGGUUUACGACCCAAGAAGGGAAACUAUGGAGCACUACUCUGACCAGCAGGCGUAUGACGGCAUGGAGCUGCUGGAUUGGCUGUUUGAUCAAAAUGAUGGAAUCCUUCGGCAUGAAGAAGCGGAACAACAAUGCAACCGGCAGCACCACUGGCCAGAGCAGGAACCAAACAUGCUCCAGCUGGCUGAACAGGCGGAUGCCGACUUCCUCAACGCCUUAUUAAGUGGAGGAGAAUCAGCGUCGGGUUCGCCGAUCUGGUCCCCCUCGCCGAGCGACAGCGGGAUCAGCGAAGACCCGCCUUCGGAUCAGAUGGAUAGCCCACAGCGUCCGGAGAGCCCCCCCGAGGAUAUUCAUUGUAUGGGUCUGAGGUCACAGGCCAAAGCAGCCUUGGAGGCUCAAACGUCCUUCAAACUAAAUGUCUGGGAAGGCGAGCACCCCGCGGAGAGGACGAGAUAUCCACAAUAUUCUGCGGACGUAAACAGAGAGCCGCCGUGCUCCGGCUCGUCUCUGACUGUUAAGGAUCUCUUGCUGAGUGGCACAACUGAGCCGCCUCCGCAGCCGUUCCAACAGUCCAUUCAAGAACUGAUUCUCAAUGAAGACGAGAAGAAGCUCCUCGCCAAGGAAGGCGUGACUCUACCCAGCCAACUACCACUCACCAAGUAUGAAGAAAGGAUCCUGAAGAAAAUACGCAGAAAGAUUCGCAAUAAGCAGUCGGCCCAGGAGAGCCGCAAAAAGAAGAAAGAGUACAUUGAUGGAUUGGAAAGCAGAAUGGCUGCAUGCAGCGCACAUAACCAGGAACUUCAGCGGAAAGUGUCUCAGCUGGAGAAAUGUAACAUUUCACUAAUGGAGCAGUUGCGCCGGCUCCAAGCUCUGGUCAUGAAUACAACUAACAAGCCGGCCCAGACUGGGACGUGUGUGUUGGUACUCCUACUGUCCUUCUCCCUAAUCCUCUUCCCGAGCCUCAAGCCCUACGCUGACACCAAAGUCAGCCAAGGAGACUUCAGCCCAGUCAGAAUCCAGUCACGUGCCCUGCAGAACGUGCAGGCCUCCCGCGUGCUGCACGUCAUCGAUCCCCCGUUGGCCACCCAAGACGAAUCGAAGCCGGCGCACGGGCGAUUCCCGGCAGAUGCAGGAUUGGAAAUCACCACCCUGAUGGGGAACAUGAAGCUGAACCGAGAACUGGACGCCAUGUCUCCGAACCGCAGCCAGGCGGAAACGCUGGGGCAUUUCCACAUUGACCCUGUCACCGGCCACAUAGCAAGUGUAACUUUGAAUCCCAAACGUUCUGCUGGCUUACCGCCGAACGCUGAUGACAUGUAAAAGAAGCUCCAGUGAAGCUGGUCUUUUUUUUUUUUUUUUAAAUCAUGUCGUAAAGAUUCUGUUUCUGCAGUCCUCUUUGCCCUUUUCUCAUUUGCAGUGCUCUUUUGUAUCGUCGUGUGCAUUUCAAUGUCAAACUAAUUCACAUCUUUUCAAGUGUGAUCUAACCCUAACCCUAACCCUAACCCUAACAAGGAUUUUUCUUAAUUUGUUUCAAACUUUUACAUAAAAAUCAGCAAUAUACAGAAAAAAAAGCAUUCUUUGUAUACUUUUACGCCUCUCAGAUGCUUUAAACUUAUUAAAACACACUUUUAAAACAAA